GUUGGUCCUCAAGUUGAAUAUGUUGGCCGAGAUGAUGACGAUUCCAUGGAUAAUGUUGAGCAUCCGCCUUCAUCUCCUAAUCCCGCACAAGUUAAACUCAAUUCGAUUCAGCAUCAAAUUGAUGAGUACCCGGAGGAACUCCGCACGCCGCCUGUAGCCUUGUCAUGUGUGGUGGGCUAUCAGGAGGUGCACGACUUGAUCGCAGCGCAUUUCCACUGCCAGCAGCCCUCUAUGAACACCAUAGGAUUGCCUGAUUUCUCUAAGAUCUCCGUGAUCCCAACAAGAAAGCCUCCGGGAGAUAAUUCUGAACCUGUCGUUUUUGUUAUCAAGAGAGAUCACCGGACUAGGAUUCCCGCCGUCGUGGCGGCUCACUUCAAUUCGUCCAAUAUCUCAGGUGACCCCGGUCAGUGGCUUCAGGUCUGCAGCGACCUUGAAAACCUCAAAGUCACAAUCCCUGAGAGAAAUGUCAUAUUGUUGGUUGUGUGUGAAGCAGGCCAUAAAGAUGAAAUAAGUGAAGCUUGCAUGAUUGCUUUGCGGAAAUAUACGGAAGUAGAUUCUAAGAAUUUUUUUGUUUUCGUGCCUGAUGAUUCGUUGGAGCUUAAAUCUCUAAGCAGGCUCUCGACUGCAUUUACCGAUCUGGAAAAUCCAUAUUACAGAGAUGAAGGACGAAAAAUAAAAAUGCGCCUUGAAAAGAAAUGUUUCAG